GGACAGUCAACCAGAAAAAAAAGGAUUUAUGACCUUGGGGCCUCUUGGCCUUGCUGACGCGUCUCCGGUCCUCUCGGAUUUGGACGGGGAAACGAUGAGACGCUUCGAUCACGCGGCAUUUCGAUACCGAAAUCGUAAAAAUUGCCCGGUGGACAUGACCCUCCAGUGCUACACCUUCCAGCUUCCUGCCACUCUCCUCUGUCGGCGGUCCGCCUUCACCUACAACGGGAAAAGGUAUGGUGGCCGCAGCUCACAAUUUUUGCGUCGAGACUUCCUUGGAUACGUCCAGGCAUUCUCAGGGUGUGGGACGCACGACGAAAUGCUGAAUCCUAGU